ACGUUUAUUUGGAACUGUACGUGGUUCAUCGAAAUGAAAAUUCCGUCUUUCUUACGAAACUAUACAGAAGUUAUCGAAUCUUUACAAGAUGAAAAUGAACGCAGAACUACACCUGGAGCACCAACGCAUCCUAGUCAAUCUCAUCAACCCAAUCGUUCAGCAUUACCAGGGGUAGCAGCGGCUGGAACUAUUGUUGCUAGAACUGGAGCAACAGUUAUUACGGACCAUGUAUCAGAUUCAACUAGAAAAGUAUAUUCUAGCAAUCCGACAUAUAGCAAAGGAAAUACAAUCACCGACGAAGAUUUAGAAAAACUUUCCGAGGCGCUUUAUAUCAAAGAGUCGAAUAAUGCAAACCGAUACAUAACAAUUAAUCUGCAAAAACAGACUACAAGCAGCAGCCCGACGGAUCAAGCUCCACAACCGUAAGAAUCAUAUCUGAUAAAAUAUAUGCAAAAUAAUACAAAAAUUUGUUCUUAAAUAUAUAGGGUGGAUACUAAAAGUAAUGUAAAAGCUUUUAAGGCUCCUGCCUAGUCACCGCGACCAUACCCUUACGAAAAAGACGCACCGGCUAGGGAUUGUAAUUUGUGUAAUCCAAAUACUACAAUAACUACAGGAAAAUAUUACAAUAACCACACACAA